AUGCUUGCGCCGUGGUUUUGCGAGGAGGGCUGGGCGCCGUCGCCGGUCCCGUACCUCGAAGGUACGCUCGUCUUUGUCGCGGCCGUCUACGCUUUUGAGACGUACUUGGACUACCGGCAGCAUGCCAAGCUGCACGAAACGUCGUUGCCGCCAGCGCUGGCGUCGGCCAUUGCGCACAUUGAUGACGUGUCCAAUGAAAAAGAGCCAUCGCUGCUGGUGCAAACGCAGGCCAAGUUUGAAAAGAGUCGUCUCUACAGCCUCGAUAAGAGCCGCUUUGGCUUUGUCACUGGCGCGAUCCAUGAACUCGAGGGCGUGCUCUUGCUUCUUGGCGGCUACUUGCCGUUCAUGUGGGUGCUCAGCGGUCGUCUUGUCGGUUUCUAUGGCGAAAUUCCGCAGUCGCUUCUCUUCGCCGUGCUCACGUCAUGUAAAGACGUCAUCUUCAACCUCCCCUUCGAGCUCUACUCUGUGUUUGUGCUUGAAGAGCGCCAUGGCUUCAACAAGCAGACGCUGCGCCUCUUCUGCACCGACAAGCUCCAAGGCCUCGCACUGAGCGCGCUCUUGGGACUCCCACUCUUGGCGGCGCUGCUCGCGCUCAUCCAAUGGGGCGGCGACGGAUUUGUGUUUUACGUCUGGCUGCUCACGUUUAGCUUUACGCUCCUCCUACUCACGAUCUACCCCGUGCUCAUCAUGCCGCUCUUCAAUACGUUCACGCCGCUGCCCGAUGGUCCGCUGCGCCACCGUAUCGAGGCGCUCGCCGCGACACUGCACUUUCCUCUGACGCAGCUCUUUGUGUGUGAUGGCUCAAAGCGGUCGAGCCACUCGAACGCGUACAUGUACGGCUUCUUCCACAGCAAGCGCAUCGUGCUCUUUGAUACGCUCCUCACGCAAGCCAAUGACAACGAGAUCGUGGCGAUCCUCGGCCACGAGCUCGGGCACUGGAAGCUCUGGCACACGCUUCAAGGGUUUGCGUUCCAGCAAGUGUAUGUCAUUGCUCUCUUUUACGUCUUUGGCCGGUGCAUGCAUGACGUGGCGCUCUUUCGCAGCUUUGGCUUUGGCGCGACGACACCGGCGCUGCCCGUCAUGAUUGGCCUGACGUUGUUUGCGCAGACGCUGUGGGCGCCGGUCGACAAGGUCCUCUCGUUCCUCCUCACGUACAAUACGCGCCAAAACGAGUUUGCUGCCGACGCGUUUGCCGUGCAGCUUGGCCACGCGGACGCGCUGCAGUCGGGCUUGACCAAGAUCUCGCUCGAAAACCUCGCCAACAUGAACCCGGAUCCAAUGUACAGCGCGUACCACUACAGCCAUCCGCCACUGCUUGAGCGGCUCUGUGCGAUUGGCAUCACCAAGCACAAGACGCUCUGA